AGAGGUCGCCAGGAGUACAAUACACACGUCUUAUAAGACUUUCAUUCACUUCUCCGGAUUUCUUCCUGACUUUCUUCCUCGAAAUUCCAGAUUCCUUCGUCCAAAGAUCAACAAUGCAGACAAUAAUGGCCAUGAAUACAGUAUCACACCUUCCGGUCAUCCCGGCAAUCACCAAAGUAUCCAAGAGUGUCAUUAGGAUUCUAGGAUGUAACCCAGGGAAGAUGACUCUUCAGGGGACAAACACUUAUCUCAUUGGAACUGGAAGGAAGCGUCUCCUCCUGGAUGCUGGAGAACCGGAUAAACCAAAAUUCAUUGAGCACCUCAGGCAGGUGCUGAAAGAUGAAAAUGUAGCCAUUGAGAAUAUUCUCAUAACGCACUGGCACAAUGAUCACAUUGGUGGCGUAAAAGACGUCCUGGCCAUUGAGGAGGCAAAAGGAUGCAAAGUAUGGAAGUUCCCACGCACAGAUGCAGACGAUCACUACCCGGAUCUCCCCACGGAUCUCCACCCCUUGCGCGAUGGGCAGAAGUUUGCCGUUGAGGGGGCAACAAUUGAGGUUGUUCACACCCCAGGGCACACAACGGAUCACAUUGUUGUCACGCACGAAGAAUCCGGGGCGCUAUUCAGUGGUGACUGUAUUUUGGGGGAUUCAACGACGGUAUUUGAGGAUUUGUACGAAUACAUGCGUAGCCUGCAGAAGAUCCUUCAACUGGAGCCAACGGUGAUCUAUCCAGCACACGGGAGUAUAAUUGAGAAUCCCAAUGAGAGGAUUAAGUACUACAUAAUGCACAGAAAUAAGCGCGAAGAGGCCAUUUGUGAGCUUCUCAAGGGGCACAAAGAGCACCCAUUCACGGAUCUGGACAUCGUGAAGGCCAUCUACAAGGAUACACCGACUGAGAUGUGGCCAGUAGCGGCGUACAAUGUCAAUCACCAUCUCCGGAAGCUCGCCAAGGAAGGGAAAGUCAUCGAAAGUACUGCUGAUGAUAAAACUGUGUGGAAAUUCAACGAUGCACGAUCUGUUCUUUAAGAUUCUCCUCAUUUAUGGACAUAUUUUCUUCUUGUGGGAAAAGGGUGUGUGCCUCUUGGAAGGCUCUUGAGGCAAUUUUAUUUGGUAAUAGAUUGGGAGAAUGUUUAGUUAAAUUUUUUGUAUUAUACGUAAAAUAAAAGGAAAAAAGACUAAUUUUAAAAGAAUUAAAAA